GCCAUGGUCACACUGCAGAAUGGCCAUGAACAACCGGGUGCGGAUUGUUGUUGUCGGAGAUUCGGGCGUGGGCAAGACCUGCCUGACGCACCUGAUCGCCCACAACGAGUCGCUGAUCCGACCUGGCUGGACGGUCGGCUGCAACAUCCAGGUGAAGAUCCACGAGUUCAAGGAGGGCACCGCCCGCCAGUGCCCCUACUUCGUGGAGCUCUUCGAUGUCGGCGGCUCGCUGAGCCACAAGAACACCCGCAGCGUCUUCUACACGGGCGUCCAUGGGAUCAUAUUGGUCCACGACCUGACCAACGGCAAGUCGCAGGAGCAGCUGCUCGACUGGCUGUACGAGAUCGUCAACAAGGAGGGCAAGGACACGUACAAGUCGCGCGGCAGCUCCCUGCCCCCCUCGCCGACCACCCCGCUGAGCAGUUUCUCCUCAAAUACCUCUGGCACCGAUGGACACAUCCGUUUCGACAUGGAGGAGUUCCUGGGCGCCACGCAGACGCCCAUCCUGGUGAUGGGCACCAAGCUGGACCUCAUCGACGAGAAGCGCCAGCCGAAGACGGCGGUGAAGAAGGCGGGCGGCAUUGCCGACAAGUGUGGCGCCGAGGAGAUCUGGCUGAAUUGCCGGGACAACCGCAGUCUGGCCGCCGGCACCACCGAUGCCGUGAAGCUGUCCCGCUUCUUCGACUGUGUGAUCGAGAAGCGGGAGUCCCUGGGCGGCAGCGGAGGUCAUGUAUUCGGAAUGGGCGGCGGCUUCACCGCUGGCGGUCCGCCGGACAGGCGUCGCUAUGGUCCGACCGUCGGCAAACUGGAGCCCAGUGCCGUUCCCCUGCUGGAGACCGACGACCUCAAGUGAUUAAUGCAUUCAAUGUUAGCUUUAAGUCAGGUUGUACAUCUUUUAUAUCGUGCGAUAAUCAUUAAAAUCGAAAGGCAAUAUUUA